AUGAAUGACGAUUGGAGUAGAUGUCCAAUUUGUUAUGAAGAUUAUUCAUUACUACAUCGUCCAACAACAUUCGUUUGUGGUCACUCGACAUGUAUCGAUCAUACUUUUGGUCAUAAUCGUCUUCAUGAAUGUCCUAUUUGUCGAUAUCCAUUGAAUAAGCAACAUGAAUAUAAUGUAUCGUAUAAUCUCGAAGAAGCAUCACGUUUAUAUCAUAUGACCAAAAAUACUGUUGACUAUUCCACUAUCAAACUUCCAUUAGUCGAUGUACAAACUAAUUAUGCAUCAACGAUAUAUGGUAAUGAAAACAAUACCCAUCGAUUACAAGCUAAAUUGGCUCAUGAAGUUCAAAACGAAGAAACAAUAACAAGACCAUCAACAAUUUUAACUUUUAUCUUAGCUGCAGCAUCAGCAAUGAAAAAAAAUGAACGUAAAGGUCGACAACAUAAAAAAUGUGGUCAUUAUUGUUUUCUUACUACAACACCUCAAUGUUGUGAAUGUUCUGAUCAACGACCUCAUGCUGAAAACAAUCGAUAUGAUAAAUAUGUCGAUGGUCAUGGAAUUCGACAAUUCGGAAAACGUAAUGAAUAUUAUUGUCCUAGUUGUAAACAAUACUGA